UCAAACACACACACACACACACACACCAUCCAUGCUGUUAACCAGCCGUAAUUUUCUCUAUGUGGUCAAUUUGUUUGCAUUUAGUUUGACAUCGAUGUUGUUAGUGUUCGAUCAUGUGUAGUUGCAGUCAGACCUAAUUUCUUUCUUUCGCUUUGAUAUAGUCAAUACCUUUGUUCAUAGAAUAUUUGUUGGAUAAAAACGAUGAGAAAAAUUCUAAUUAAAAUUAGGGAACGAAUUCGAAUGGCCGGUGGUGUCAAGCAAAUAUCCAUCGAUGCCGUGUUGCCGAUAGUUUUAUUGCCGUUAAUGUUCAGUGUGGCGGCAAUAAAUUUCUAUUUUAUGAUUACCAUUUGUAUUGUGAUGCCAUUGUUCUUGGGCUAUGCUCAAUGGCUACGCAAAUCAUUUGCACCGCGCACAAAAUUCUUUUUCAUGUGGUCACUAUGGUCAGGCAUUUAUUUAUGGAUUUUAUUCGAAAUGACUGUACCACUGAUGGAAUUACUGCCCGAGGAAAAUUUCAUUUUUAUCACAACAAUGUUUGCAGCUGCGUUCUGCUUCUACAAGACACGGCAAAAAGCGGCAGACAAUUACGUGGCACCAAAAACUGAUGAUAUUGAUAGCAUACGUGAUACGGAUCAAACACGGCUUCUAAUGGACGUUGAAGAGGUGGAUGAAAAUGACGAUUCGAAAGAGAAUUCGGAAACCGAUUCGGAUCCAUGCGAUUUUAUGAUGUCAAAAACGAAUAACGUAUGCCCUAAGUGCCGUCGAUACAUCCCACCACGUGCAUUCCAUUGUAGAAUCUGCCAACAAUGCAUCGCAAAGCGUGACCAUCACAGCAUUUGGCUUGAUUGCUGCAUCGGUCAAUCGAAUCACAAAUUCUUUUUGGCCGGCUGCUUCCUUGCCAUGUUCGCACUUCUAUUCGGUGCCAAUCUAUCGAUGACAUCAAUUUGCCAUCCGUUUUUCGUGUUCCGUAUAUUUAGCAUUAGUGUAUUACUGCCCGAUGACUGCAGCGACGUUUUUGACCAAUACGACAUUGCAUUAUGCUUCGUCGGCUCAAUCUAUGCCACAGUUAUGGCAAUUUGCUGUCUCAUCAUCCUAGUUCAACAGUGCUAUCUCAUUCUAAAAGGUGUUACAGCGUCGGAAUGGAGUCGUGGUGAUAUCAAUCGUAAUGGCUGUGUUAUGAACCUAAAAACGUUCCUUUGUUGUGCACGUUGAAAAACCAAUUUUUUCUGUUCAUUUUUCGAUUUGUUCAAAAUGUGCUAACCACCACAGUCUAUAAACUAAGCCACUGAAAUGUCAGCGAUUCAUGCAUAUUUCAAUCAUUACUAGUUUAUCGAUUAUUGUUUUAAUUCCAACCAAACAGGUGUUACAGUUAUUGAGAAGCACAAGUGGAACAAAUCGAACUGAGUUGAACAAAAGCGUUGUCAUGUUCUGAAGUGACUCACAAGAUACAAGUGAUAAGACCAAACUGUGCUAAAAAUUAAUAAUCUAUUUAAAAAAUUUAAAGAAAAAUGUUUUGCAUUAAUUUUAAGAAUCUCAAAUAUCAUCGUAUCUUAUAGCACCGCAACAAAAAAAAAGAAACUGUGCAAAAACCAACAAUUCAUAUCUAAGUUGACACUUCCCACAGUGUACUGUUAUUUACAAACAGAAUUAUUUAUCAGAUUUUCAAAGAAAAUGUUGGUCAUUCUAUUUUGGUUUUGUUCGAAUUCUGUCGGUUUCACUAUCGCUUUACGAAAUGCGUGAUGCUUUUGAUGUGGUAUCUAAUUUUAUGCAUGAAAUUAUGACCGUUGGGAAUAUGAAAUCAAGGAUAAUCGAAAAUUCGAGUUCAAUGUAGCGUCACGUGUGACAUCAUCAAUAAAUUACUCGAAACUAAUUAUGUCAUUAGUUUCGAGUAAUUUGGGAUAAUUUUAUCAAUUGAAAAUAAUUCGAAAGCUGAGCUCACAUGUGAGAUAGCAAGCAUUGAAUUUCUGAAUAAUUUGAAAGUAAGUCAUAAAUACGGUUCUUGACGGUGAAUGUGACGGAUAGAAUCUGUGGACGCUUUUUGCUCGAAAAUAUUU